AUGUUAAUUAUUGGACAUCGCUUUAAUGAUAAAGGAAAAUUUGUCUUUAUUGUGUCCGAAUCAGGAUAUGAUCCAAAGGAGAUCACGGCGGAAGAGAUGUUAAGUCUCGAUCCCGAAUUAAUUGAAAUCUAUCAGAUUUUUGGGAUGAAUAAAAGGGAAAAUCUCAUUACCUGUGAACCCCUUCAACCAAAGCUUACUUCGAUGAUCUUCGACUAUCUUGACGUAGGGCAUGAUAUAGCUGCUAUGGAAAUCAUGGAGGCAGCAAUUAAAGCGAAAAGAGAACUUCCGAUGAUACUUACGCCGCCUAUCAAUGGAACAUAUCGAUCUAAGAGCUCCCAGUAUAUUUUUGAUGGUUGCGAAAUGGCACAAAGAAUCUUGAAAAGUGCAUUAGAAGUAUUUGGACCGCUUGCGUUUCGUGGUCUCUGGUCAACCUUUGAAAUACAGAGCAAAAGAUACAAUUAUAAUAAGCGGAAUAGCGAAGAAGAAGCUGAGCUGGUUGAAAUUAAAUGUGUUCUAGAUGAAUAUUUUGAUUUGUGGGAUUUUGUUAAAAAGAGCUUCACAAUAGAUCCCAGCGAGAAUGAAAUGAAAAGAAAGUGUCGUAAUAUGGUACUCGAGAUUUUGAUAUGUAUCAUGGAGAAAGAUGUACAGAUGCGCAUAGAUCAUCAAAUGCUAUUUUCUACCGAGACUUACUGGAUUUCUAAAGAAAACUAUGAGGAACUUGGAGAAUGUAUAUUUCUAUCAACUAUCCCAAAAGAUGAUUUUGGAAACCGAACCCGCUUAGGCCCUUACCUGGAUAUUCUUUUUGAUGUUUUUCAAGAAACAAAAGACUAUGAGAUUAAUCAGGUCUUUUACAUGGAGUCAAUAGAUAUGGCAGGCCGACUUUUGAAUAUUUGCGGUAUUGCUUACAUUGUUGCAAAGCUCAUUAUUCUUUCCUAUUGCGACCAACUUGUUGACACUUCAUCCAUGAUUCAACAAUCUUACCAAAGGAUCAACCGACUUGAUAACGAUGCUUUUAGCAAUAUUUUGCAGGUUAUUUCAUGUACAACGUUCUUAUCCGAGAUUUGUGACAGGAUCUUGAUUGACUCGGAUUUUUCGCUUGCUGACGAAGAGUACAAGUAUUUACGAAGAAUACCUGGAUUCAGACUGGACAAGAUGUUUCAUCUUUUUAUGAAAUCUCGACCUUUAAACAUGGAGUACAUGUCAGACAUUUAUCGACAUGUCUUGGUAAUUAUUUGGCGUUAUAGGUGUUAUCUUGGUGAAUCGACGAUGCGGUACAGUUCUUUGUCGGAUGAUACUAUAUCCAAAGUAAUUUCAGGUAUUUCAAAACGGCAUUGCCGAGAAGCCGCAAUACGCGGCCCUCCCUUUGUUCGUAAAUGGGGUGUUCACGUAAAAGGAAUGAUGGACGAAGUGUGUGGGUUAAGACCUUUGACACCAAAGGAAAAAGAGACUAAGCAGAAAAUUGAAUGGGCAAUUGAGUUGGCCAUGCUAAAUCUGAUGAGCGACAAUACGCAAUAUGGUCUUCUAUAA